ACCUCACGUAAAAAGUAUAUUUACAUCCUGAAUGCUGAACGUAACAAGAAACGUUAGUCGCACUUCGUUGCAUUCAGCAACGGGGAGCUUGAACAACAGUGUGAGUCUAGAUAUCAUAUCGUGCUGAAUAAUGGCAGCGACAGCAGGAAGGGUUAAGAAAAUGCUCGCUGAAGUGAAGAAACGUCACAUAACGAUUUUUGUUGCACUGUGCAUGCUUCACCUCACAACAGGAGCAGUGGUUCUUCGUCUUGUUCCUGGACCAAACAAAGGUGUUCUGCAGAUUCUACAUAACAAUACAUGGGGAACAUUAUGUACGCACUACUACUUUGGCUUUGCAGAACUCAAUGUUGUCUGCAGACACCUGGGAUUCAAUACAACCAACAACAUUCUGAGAGACUUCGGUUCACUACCUGGAAGUGUUAAAUAUAUCGCACGAUUCAAUUGCAAUGGAAGGGAAAACAAUUUCAACGACUGUCCAGAUUUUAAUUUGACCCGCUGUUCCUCCUCCAGCACCGUGGGAAUAGCAUGCCUUCGUGACACAGAAGGUUUGAUAACCCUUGGCAACGAGAAGAUCAGGGACAUCGAGGAGGGAGGAUCGUUGUCUUGCUCAGUGUACGCAAGACAGUCUGUUGCGUAUGUGUGGACCAAAAACGGAAACAUACAAUCUUAUCAGGCUUCUAAUGCAGUCACUCUAAAGCGCACUGACUCUGGGAACUGGACCUGUACUGUUUACUCAAGUACUGGAACCAAACUUCUUGGAUCAGACUCAGUUAUCGUUACUGUUAUGUACCACCCCCUCAGCCUAACCACGAGAACAAUGUACGCCCAACGAGGAGACACAGUGAACCUGAGCAGGUCUGACAUAAGCCUCCCUCCACCACACGUCUACAGAUGGCGCCAGGCAGGGCUGGACUCCGAGUUCACUGAAUCGACCAAACCUCCUGUCAUACCAAACAUACAGCUAAAUCACAAGGGGGACUUUAUCCUGGAUGUGACAAACACAUUUCCCAGUGGACGUUCAGAUUCUGGCAUGGAUCUUAUCAAACUGUAUGUUUCAUAUGCUCCCUCCGUCAAAUGUGAAAGGGAGGUAUCAGUUGUAGUGGGUCAGUCUCUCAAUUUAGAGUGUGACGUUGAUGCCUACCCAGACCCGCACACCCUGACAUGGUCGCACAUCACCGCCUACCAGAAAGAGGUGUCUAGCAUGACAGAGAAGUUCCGUAUUCCAGAAGCCUCCCAUGCUGAUGGCGGCCUCUACAAGUGCGAGGCCAGGAACAACAUCACUAACCGACGUGGCGACGUUGAGGUUGGCGUCGGGGCGUGCAGCAUACGGGUCACCGUCCAUGACUCAAGUGAAACUUCGACAUUGCUAGUUGUAGCUGCCAAGUCAAAUGAUAAGGGAGGCAACUCUAUGACGACUGUUGUAUAUAUUGUUGGGAGUAUCCUUGUGCUGAUUGCUCUCUGCCUUGUCAUCGUUCUCGUGGUGCUGACACUGAAGCGUCUCCCGAUGAAAGGGAACGGAACGGAAGAAAUGAAGAAGACAGAAACGUGCCAAGUCCCUCCAGAAGAAGAGCAUGCCUACGAAGGACUGUCAAGUCGCUGAGACGGAAAGAAAUAACCCGGUCCACAUUGCAAGAUUCCGCACAAGCCUGCCUUAUCUGUUCUAAAGGGUUUCAUUGCGUCGCCAUUCACGUUCAAGGAAUACAGGAUUCAAUGUCAAGUCACUCACGAUGCGUUUUCUUGUGAACAGAUUCUCUCACCCACUAGGAAUACCUAUUUUACUUACAGUUGCUUUCUUUAACAUAAUUUUGAUUUAUCCUUACCAGUUGGCUUUACCAAAAACAUCCCCAAUUGCGUACUCUGUUGAUGUUUGCUAAUUGUCUUCUUGUAUAUAGUAUGAUGUAUAACAAUGUUAUGUGUACUUCGUGAAGCAUAAUUUUCUUUGUUACUAUUUGCGCAUGUAAACUAAUAUUGAUAAUGGAAGUAGUUUUGUAACAAUAUUCUUACCAUAGAUGUGUGACAUAUCAGAUAUAAUAAAUAAAUAAAUAAAUAAAUAAAUAAAUUCAAAAUUCUCAUUUUUUUUGGACCACGGUGAUAUUUUUACGCUACAUAAACUAUUAAUAAAUGUAUUUUGGAAAAUGCGAGUGAAUAUAUGUACCAUGGAGUAAUUCUCAAAAGCCAUGUAUUUUAUUCCACCCAGCAGUUAUAGUGUGAUAUAGUGUGUUAUUGUGUGAGUAACAAUGAAAGGCAAUUCAUUUCAUAUUGACCAAAGCUUGAUUACAUAAUAUUACCCUUUCGAUAUCCUGCCAAUCAAAAUCAGUUGAUUCCAUGAUAAUCCCCAUUCUAAAUUACGGUUCAGAAAUCUGGGGAGGUGAAAAAUGAAUCAUAAUGGAAAAUAUUCACCUUGAAUUUAUAAGCAAAUUGUUGCCUAACACAAAGGGUAAUCCACUUUCUAUACUGUAUGCAGAAAUAAAAAGUAAACCACUUUACAUCACUGAUGUGUAAAAUCAUUUCUUUUCCAACAAAACUAAUCACUGGAAAAUCGUCAAACAUAUCCUGUAUUAUUUUACCAGUAUAUAUUAUAUUAAUAUACUUCCGUGUAUACCAAUGUAUUUUAAAUGUAUGGUGAAGACACAUCUUGAAGAUCAGAUUCUAUAAACUUAUUAAUUAUGAAAUUAAAACGGAAUUCUACCUAGAUAAUUUAGCCACAACAUACUACAUGCCACUAAUACUGUUGGCUGCAUGUCACAGUUGAAAGAGGUCGCUAGACACAAAAUACCAUUAGUUACAUCAGUUCCAUUGUGUUCUUGUUAUGACAUUGCUGAUGAGUAUAAUUACUUCAUUUGUGAAAUGUUUGUUACCUGUCACUCAAAUUAUAUUCUGAUGAUACAGGAAAUCCUUCAAUGUUUAAACAGGUCAAAUUAUUUGAAUGCAAAGAUAACUUACCAUGAAGCAGUUAUCAAUUUUCUGUAAAUCUAUUAUGAAUGUUUUUCAGUGAUUAUAGAACAUGAUGCCGCCAUGUAUGUGAAUAUACAGAUCACUGUUAACCCUCAACGCACCAUGUCUUGUGGGCUUGAGUAACAUAAGGUUCAAUUCAGUUCCGAAGGCAAGAUUGCACUUUUUUGCACUUUGAACUAAUCGUUUGUAAUAACAUGAUUCAACUUUUUUAAAGUGAAAUAAGCUGUAGCACGCUUUCUAAUAAACACAUGGAAUUUGA